CUGAGAGCUGGCAUGUCGAGUAACCGUGAGUUGUCAGCGAGUCGAGCAUCCCUAAAUCAAGCCCAAGUUAAUAUUCCGCGCUCGAUCCGAUUCUGAGAUUCGUGCGUUCGCAUAGGAUGAGAUCAGACUGAGCGCAAUGACAUCGAGAUACUUCGUGUUCGCCGCGGCUCUGGCCUAUGUUGCAGCCGCGCAAGUUUACCAGCCCGUAGACGCAGCCGCGCCAGUCGAACCGGCACUUACGAAUAAUGACUUCAUCACGCAGACCGUCUACGGAUUCUUGGACUUCACCACGACGAUCGGCAACACGGUGAUGGUCUUCAGCCCUCAAAGCGCUCCUCCAGAAGGGGACACCGAGAAGAAGACCGCGUCCUCGACGUCGGCGAUUCACACGAAGCCGACGGUGGAACAGAAGAAGAAUGUCCCCGACAUUCAGCCCAGUAAGACCCACAAGGCCGAGGCCCAGGGUGGCGAAACGAAGAAGCAGAUAAAGGGCACGAAAGUCGUUGUAAAUUCCGUGGUCGAGCAAAACGUGAACGUCCCGCCCGAACUAAAACCUACGAAGAAUCAGGAGGCGAGUAAACAAACAAAGGUACCCGCGUUAUCGUCGGUCGUUCAGGUGCGCGUUAAGGAUGAAACCCCGGUGAAAAAUAAUCUCGCCGAACCGGAAUACGAUUUCCUUUCGAAGCAACCGACGGAAGUGAUUGACGAGACGUACAAGCUGAUCAAUCUGCGACCCUCGUCGAAGGUUCAUAACAAGCCGCGAGCGACCGCGCGGAGAGAAAAAGAAAACCCGACCGGGUUGGUAACCAAAUUGGGCGGCACCAUCGUGAAGGACGGCCUCACGACAGUGCACGAGACCAGCGUGAUCGGCACCUACAUCAACGGCAAGUACGCCCAGGUGUUACAGAGUUCUUCCAGAAUCCUAACAACGCCGGCCGCGCCGGUAGCCGAGGGUAAAAUUCGGCCGUCCAACACUCAACGGAUUCUGAAGACCAUCGGUCCGCAACACGGCAAGCUCAAGCCGCAGCUCGAACCUACUCCGACCCAUCAGUAUCAGGACGAGUCCUCGUUGCCGUUGGAGGUUCUUUUCAACGCGUCUUCCGGUUCGGUGAAAUCGACGCGAAGACAUUCGGUUCCCAACAAUCAGCUCAGACCCAAAUUCCGUAACAAGAUCGCCGAUGAUUACGACAGUAACGAGUCACAACAAGCGAGGGCUGGGAAAAAUCGCCUUCCUGGGACGACCGCCCGGCCGAAUUAUAAAAAUCGUCCGGCUACCACCACCACCACAGAAACACCGCUGACUCGUCGUCGCAGCGGUUUUCGACCGAGCAGUCAGUCCAUCAGUUUACCCUCGAAGCAACCGGCGAGGUCGAAGAGCAGCGACCAGCCGCCGUCGACGCCGUCCAGUCUUCCACCGCCCAAGGUGAAGUUGCCUAGAACGCAGGGUCGCUGGUCGUACAAGACCACGCCGAAGCCGAGGGUUAUGAUUCGCAAACAGGUGGACGAGGAAGAUGCGCGAACAUCGACAUCCGAGCCCGUCGUAUCGGAGUCAUUCUCUGUGACUUCGGACGAGCAGGACAAGAUGACAACCGCGACGACAAUUGGCACAGCUCCGAACAGCGUAAAUGUUGCUCAGAGGAAGGAGCUGACCUUGACGGAGGACGAGUUAGAUCCUAGCGAGAGCGAGGACGUGGCCAGCGUCAGCGUGCAGGAGCAGCAGCAUCCUGGAGAACAAAUUCUGCCGUUGGAGACGCUCAACGUGGAGAUCUCCACCGCGGCGAAUCUCGACAGCGUCUACUUUGAAAUUGCCACUAUCAAGUCGCCAUACGCUUUCCAGGUUGGAACUUUGCGGAAUACCCGCUACAUCACGGUGACCUCCACUAUCAAGAAGACCUUCGCCACGGCCGAACCGAGCAGUUCCGUCUCGCCGACGGAACCUCUUACAGAAAAUAUCUUGGCGAACACCGCAGCCGCCUACGAGUCGACUUUGCCCCUCGACUCGUCGGUUGCGACACUGCCGGCGAUCUCGCUGGACGCCGCCCAGGCAACACCACCUUUAGAGACGCUGACCGAGACGUUCUCGACGACGCAGACGUUACUGAAGACCCAUCUGCUGCCGGUCAUCUACGGCGGCAACAGCACGACACGACUGACUCUCGUGCAAACGUACAAUAUCGCCCGAAUGGUGACGGCGACGAAAACGCUGCCGCCGAUGGAGAUCUACCAGUUUAUUCCCAGCAAGACGCUGAACGAGUUCAAUUCGAAGCUCGACGAGGCCGGAAGCGAGCUGCAUCUCGAGCUUGAUUUCAGCGACGACGAUCGCGACGACGAGGACGUGCCUAAGCGAGUAGUGGCGCCCAGCAACGACGCCGAUUCCGAUCUCGAUGUCUUCAAGUCGGUGUCUCCGUCUAAAGUCAAGAACGACGUUGCAACCAGCAGCAGCCCCGAGCCGCAGAUAUCUCCGGAACAAGCUCAGCAGCUUGCUUUGCUCAAGUAUUUCGGUCAGCCGCAGCCACAGGUCAUCACCACGUCCAAACCGGUGAUCGUCUUGGAGACGUUGUACGAGUCGCACGUGAUUCCUGUGGUGAACGCGGGAAACACUAUUUAUUCGACGCUCUCCAGACCGGUUGGCACCGUACCUAGAACGUCCUACGAGUACGGUACGUCCACGGUGAGCCCGCAGGUGUUACAACCGCAGGUGCCACAGGUACCGCAGAUACCCUUGUUCCCGCAACAGCCGCAGUUCACGGUGACCAGCGCACCCUUGAUCACUCAGACCCUCGCCACCGUGUCGGAGUCGCGAGUUUUGAAGCUGACAUUCGGCGCCAAGACCGCGUAUACCACGCUCUUCUCUACAAAGGUGGUGCCGACCGAGCUCACCACUUACAUUACCAACACGGUGCCGGUACAGCCGACAGUUCCGGCGUACCCCGGGUACUAUCCGCCACCGGUGCCCUAUCCACCUUACCCCUUCGUCGGUUAGAUCUCGAUCUGAUUUUCGAGAUUCCUCGGAGAUUUUCGCAAUCUGCUUUGAUUGCGAUCGAUCGCCAGUUAUAGAUUCAUCUCUCUUUGAGAGAUUUAAAUUUUAAGUUUUGAUAAGUGCUAAAAAAAUAAGAGAAACAGACAGUUGUUUGACUUGGUACAAAAUAAAACUGAUACGAUUUUUAAGUGUAAACGUUACAGUUUUAUUGAUUUAAAUGUUUAAGUCUUGCUCAAUUCUCGAGCAUGAAUGUUGUACAUCUCGCACGCAUUGGUUUUAUUUACGUUUGUUACAACAAUUGAUCGCAAUCAGAUGGCAUUGGAAAUUAUUGUAAAUAAAUUAUUGACUAUAUAUAUUAUAUUGUAUAUCGUACAUUUGUAUGUAUACCGCGUAUUUUUUGUAAAUAAAUAAAACAAAAACAUGAAUUUUCCCAUCGUGUUACUUAACAAAUCUAGAUCCCCUGAAUAUACGAAAUGUAAGAAAUUUAUUUCUUGCCGAUUUCUAAAAAUGUUUAAACAUAUAUUUUUGUUUUCUGUCUUUCAAUACAUUUUUAUUUUAUGAGAUAAUUACGAUUACAUCGAAUAUCAAAACAAUAUCUCAUAUUUCUGCAAUUAUUAUCUAUAUUUGCUAUUUGAUUAUCAUUAAUUUUAAGUUUUAAUU